UCGCUCAAGUUGAUCCUGCCAUGGCGCCACGAGACAAGGAACGACGGAGCGGAAACCCUAAGAGCUCGGUGAAGCAGCAGCCAAAGAAGUCUGGUGCUGGAGGGAAGUUCACCAUGGGCAAGGCAGGUGACGAAUGGCAAGGCUAUGAUCCGGAGGAGAGGCGCAUCGAUCCGGAGGAUGGCUUCGCAUACACCUGGGAUGAACUCGUGGACUUCUACAAGGGAAAAUACAAGAAGAAGGAGUUGGAGGCCUACUGGGAAUAUGAAUGCACUCCAAAGACAAGAGGAAAACCAAAGGUAGCCAAGCCAGAGCCCAAGGCCAAGGCCAAGGCCAAAGCGAAGGCCAAAGCGGAGGCCAAGGCGCCUAAGGCGGUGGAGCCAAAGGCCAAGGUGAAGGCCAAGGCAAAGGCCAAGGCGCCCAAAGAAAUUGACCCCGAGAAGGAUGAGAAAUUGGCCAAGGCCAUUGCAGAGGUGAUUCCUUAUUUCCCCUUCAAGAAGUUGGAAAAGUUUUAUGAUAUCCAGGGCUUAUUGCACCAUCCCAAGCUGUUGAAUGCCAUGUGUGCAGUUAUGGCAAGACGCUUUCGGAAGAUGAAGGUCACCAAAAUCUGUGGCUUUGAGGCGCGAGGUUUCCUCUUCACCCCGGUGGCACUGAAGUUGGGAGUUCCCUUCAUCAUGUUACGCAAGGCUGGGAAGAUGCCGAACACCAUCUCCAGUGGACCUUACACCAAGGAGUAUGAGGGAGUGGAUGAAAUUUGUGUGCAAAAGGGCGCAAUCGUGAAGGAAGAUAAAGUGGUAUUGAUUGAUGAUUUGGUGGCUACAGGAGGCACGCUGUGUGCGGGGAUCAAGUUGAUGGAGGCUUGCGAGGCCACAGUCGUGGAAUGCGCUUGCAUGGUGGAAUUGAAGGCUUUGAAUGGGCGAGAGAAGUGUUUGAAGGCUGGAGCUGAAUCUGUGUGGGGCUUCAUUUCAGAGGACCUGUUGAACACCAAAGCGGAACUUCCAGACGACUACAAAGACGAUGGUCAGAAGUGAAUGCUUUGACACUUGUGAGAUGCAACUGUUCCGAAAAGGAACUCUGACUCAGGUUGGUGGUUUCGGA